AGAAUCGCACCCUCUUCGUGGAUGGGUUUUUGCAAAACAACCGUUUGGACCACGUUAGUCAAGUAAUGGGAUAUCACAAAACAUAUUUGGACCACUUUUUAAAGACUCAAAACUUUAUCCUUAGAGGAGAUGGACCACUUCCUUAUGAUCACAGACAUUAUAUCGCAAUUAUGGCUGCCGGCCGGCAUCAAUGUAGCUACCUGAUAACUUUACAAAAGCAGGAAUUCCUGAUGCAACGAGGAAAUCCCGAGUGGCUGAAGGGAUUAGACCAUAUUCCUGCGAAACUGAGGAAUCUCAACGAUAUCAACAAAAUUCUUGCCCAUAGACCUUGGUUGUUGAACAAAUGCCACAUUGAAAAACUGACCAAGGGUAAGGAUAGCUGGUCUUUAGCGGAGGUCGUCCACGCCAUAGUGAUCCUAGCCCACUUCCACUCGCUAUCGAGCUUCGUAUUCUCCUGCGGCUUGAACCAAGAGCUCGACCAGCUGGCGGGCUACCACCAAUACGCCACCGAGACCGCUCUCGCCACCAAAACCAGCAGCAAUAGCAAAACCAAGCCCAAAGACAUACCCAUCGUCGAACCCUGCGAAGUUCCAGAAUGGAAGACGGCGUCGACGCCGCCGUCGCCGACCGAGCCGGAGGUGGGCAUAAACACGCUGAUGCAGCGCAUGAAGACGCUGUCCGAGCAACGGCAGGAGUGCAAGCCCGAGGAGCUGGCGAAGCGGUUCGAGAACAUCGAGACGCAAUCGGCCGAAAUCGGCGCCGUGGGCUCGGAGUCGCACACCGUCCCGUCGGCGGACAUCGGCUGCUACGUGGAGGAUCCCGGCUUUAUGUACAUAGAUUUCGCCAAACGGGACGAUACGCAGGAUAUCACUACGUUUAGAGUGCAGGAUUAUUCGUGGGACGACCACGGUUACUCGUUGGUAAACAGACUGUACAACGACGUCGGUAAUCUGCUCGACGAUAAAUUUAGGACUGCUUACAAUCUAACUUACUAUACGAUGGGAAGUCGCACGGACGUGGACACGUCGAGGUUCCGCAGGGCCAUCUGGUACUACAUCCAGUGCCUGUUUGGUAUCCGCCACGACGACUACGACUAUGGGGAAAUCAACGCUUUGCUCGAGCGGACGCUCAAAGCUUUCAUCAAAAGCGCCACCUGCUAUCCGGAUAGGGUUACUAAGAAGGAUUACGACAGGGUUCUCAGGGAAUUCCAUUAUAGUGAAAAGGUCCAUGUCAACCUGAUGGUCCUUGAAUCCAGGAUGCAAGCGGAGCUGUUGUACGCUCUAAGGACUGUGAAUCGCUACAUGACAAACUAA